AUGGAAUACCACCGCGCCCUCCUCCACGUCAACGACCGCACAGGGUUAAUAGUUAUGACAUCGAUAUUUUUCCUGACAGGGAUAUUCGCGGUAUCACUCCGCUUCUACUCCAGACGACUCUCAAAAGUCCCACUAGGACUUGAUGACUGGUUUGCUUUGUCUUCUCUUUUCUUCGUCCUCGCCUUAAACGGAAUCUUCCUCUCAGGCGUAAUACAAGGUGCAAUAACCGGUCACUCUAUAGUUCUCAAUAACUGGCCCCAGCCCAGCGCGCUCGAAGUCCUAGUCCAGAAAUACAAAUAUGCUUUCCAGACAACAGAGAAGAUCGCCUUUGGGCUGAUAAAAACUUCCAUUUUACUGCUAUGGAAGCGGAUGCUAAGUCCCAUUCGCUCUUUCCAGCUGUUGUGCUGGGUUAUGAUUGGGAUUGUUGCUGCUUGGAGUAUAUCUUUCUUCUUCGCGACCUUGUUUCAAUGCGGAACGCACUGGGACUGGAAUUGGGCGCCGAUCGGGUUUUUUCUAACAGAGUGUACGGAUACGCUGAAUAUGCUGACUGUUUUUUGUGGGACGGAUGUCCUGACGGAUUUUGUGAUCAUGUUGAUGCCUGUGCCGAUCAUUUGGAAGUUGAAGAUGUCGGUCAAGAAGAAGAUUGGGGUCACGAGUGUGUUUAUGGUUGGUAUAUUCACGAUCGGCGCAGGAGUUGCGAGGACAUAUAUCUAUCUCGUGACAUCCUAUGAUAAAGAGGAUAACCUUGAUUUCAUUGCCGACUUCACGCUGUUUAUCCUGUGGUCGGAAAUCGAGGUCAAUGUGGCUAUGAUUGUUUGCUGCAUGCCAGUCUUUGGACCUGUUCUUGGUCAAUGUCGUGACACUCUGUACCGCCGUUUUGGUCGGUCAAAGGAUGGCGAGUUCGGUCUCCUUGGGCCUUCGACAUCGGAAUCGACAAAUGACGGCAAGACACGCCUCGCCAGUUUCAGCGCUUCGAACAGAUCCUAUCCACAUUAUGAGUAG